CAGUCAAUGCCGUCUCGUAUUCUUGCCAGUGGCCAGCACCAGUCGUUCAGCCUGACGGUAAGUUCGUGUCGACUACACUGAGGUCUGCACGUAGCAACUCCCUUGGGAAGAUAGUGGAGAGAAGUGAUCAUCUUCGUUACCCAAUUUCGUCGUUGGCUAUGUGAUGACUCCUGCCUGACUCUGUCGCUAUCAUUCACGCCCCUAGGCCACUCAUACGCCAUGCCCCUGCCUUUAUUGAUUCUCAGCCUCAAUUCGGAUCGCCCGCUGCCUCCUUGAACACCUCCUCGAUCCAACGUGUCAAACCCGCUAGACAUGGUCUCCUUCCCUCUGUGAGUUACGAACAUACGAAGCGCUGCAAUGUCGGACAACCCGUGCCUGUCCCAUGAAGAUUACACUGUGGGAUGGAUGUGUGCUCUGCCCCUUGAACUGGCUGCAGGUGCGGCUAUGCUCGACGAAGAGCACGCCACACCACCGAAUCAUCCCCAGCAUGACUACAAUACCUACACAUUCGGACGCAUCGGCCCACACAAUGUUGUCCUGGCAUGUCUGCCCGCAGGAGCAAUUGGGGUUACCUCUGCAGCGACGGUGGCGGUGCAGAUGCGCUCCACCUUUCAACGACUCAGGUUCGGCCUCAUGGUGGGCAUAGGUGGAGGUGUGCCCAGCAAAGAGACUGAUAUCCGCCUUGGUGAUAUCGUUGUCAGUUCGCCUACACGAAGGCACGGCGGUGUGACUCAGUAUGACUUUGGCAAGAGGACGCAGGAAGGACGGUUUGAAAGGACAGGCACACUGAACAAGCCCCCCGAGAUAUUACUGAACGCUGUGUCAAACUUGCAUGCAACCCAUUUGCGUAGAGGCUAUGGUUUUAUAGGAUACCUUUCUACGGCAUUCGAUAAAUAUCCAAACAUGGCUCAUGACUUUGCGCGACCAGAUGUUCAGACUGACAUACUCUACGAAGCCGACUAUGAUCACCCCAGAAAGGAUACCGACUGUUCAGGUUGUACCGCUGAGAAGUUGAUCGUUCGGAAUGCCCGUGCCAAAGACACUGUAGUCCAUUACGGUUUGAUAGCAUCAGGUAACCAGGUGAUGCGCCAUGGCGCCACAAGAGACAAGUUGAGACAGGAGGAGGGAGCCAUCUGCUUCGAGAUGGAAGCGGCAGGAUUGAUGGAUAAUUUCCCCUGCCUUGUGGUCCGGGGCAUAUGCGACUACGCAGAUUCGCACAAGAGCAAGAUUUGGCAACCCUAUGCGGCAAUGGUAGCUGCCUGUUAUACGAAAGAACUACUCAACAUUAUCUCUGGAGGACCUGUCACAGACAUGCGGCCGGUCAAAGAAACCAAAAUGUCAGGUGUGUCGACCUUCACACAAAUUACUGCGAGCCCGACCGCAGCGCCAGUGAGAACGGCGUCUCCAGCUCCUAUAAGACACCGGCAGACUCACUCGAGGCCUGACAGGUCCGAAGAUGAUUCCAUCGUCAAUGAAGAAAGACGUUGGCCGGGAAGACGCGAGCAUCAGUUGGCCGACAGAUUGCAUGAAUUGCGGGAUGGUGGUGGUGUUGCUGGAUCUGCAUUGAACUCUGAUCAUACUGAUGAUAGCCGCCAAACGACCUUAACAUCAUCGUCACUCAGAGGGCACCAAGAAAAUCAAGUACCAAGUCUUGCCGAAAAGGACUUGCAGCUGGAUUUCAAGAAAUUCAAGUCAGACCUUACUCCUCGACAGUCCGCAGAUUUCGGCAACGCGACUCUGAAAAGUCUUCGGGUGGUGCUUGUGCGCAUUGAGAAGGAGCAAGCCGAACGAUGGAAGGCAAUGAACCUACCACGAGCUGGAGCGUUCUCAGAACGACUCCAACAGCUUGGAAAUACAUCAAACUUCUCAAUCAUUGGCGAUGUCUUGGCAAACAUAUGGGGCUCCAUGCAGUUUCUUUUACAGGCCACAGCUAGUUCUGUGGAGGCAUUCGAGGCAUUGCUCAAUGCAUACGAGGAGAUAAACAAUGCAAUCAGCCUUGACGGUGAAGACGUUCGGUGGUUGUCCCAGUCUCCCGAAGGAGACAAUGCUCUGGCGAAGGUCUUUGACAACAUCAUGCAAUUUCACAAGCACGUCUUGCAAUUGCUAACGAUUCCAACCUGGCGACAAAUCUUCGCCAGUCUUUGGGAAGAGUUCACAUUUCGUAAAGACCACAUCAUUCACGAUUUACGUCGAUAUCAACAGCUAGUGCGGACCCGUGCAGCUGCUGCUGAGUUUCAUGAACACCAUUGGAAAAGGAAGCAAGCCCUUAGAGAACUGGAUCAGCGCGAAACGCAGAGAAUGGAGGGUCACCUGGCUGCUGUCCUUCGGUGGCUGGGAGGCACUGACAACGACACGGAUCACGAAGAUGUCCGCACGGUGAGACAAAGUUCUCCCGGCAGCGGACAGUGGUUUUUGAAGCAUCCUAAGUUUGUCAGCUGGAGGGAGGAUGAUGUUCCCCAGAACCCUGGUCUUUGGCUAUGUGGUAUUCUAGGAGCUGGCAAGACCGUAUUAGCAUCGGCUGCCAUUGAUGAAUGCAAACAAGCUCAGAAUGCGCAUACGGCUUACUUCUACAGCAGGCACGGCGAUCCUCAACGGACGACCUUUACACCGAUCCUCAAGUCGAUACUCAGACAGCUUGCAACAUCAGACCAGAAACAGAAAUUCCUUCCCUGGUGCCACGACCAAUUCCACCUCGGCAAUCAGCUAUCUCCUUCCGAGAAAGCAUGUCGAACGAUGUUGAGGAUGAUGGUUUUGACCUUAGACAAGAUCUUUCUGAUUAUUGAUGGUCUUGACGAAUGCGAGCAACAGGAUCGGAAGCUCCUGCUAAGCUUUCUGGCUGAACUUGUGUCUGAGUGUGACGUCCAGGACCCAGGCAAACUCCGUGUUCUGCUUGUAAGUCGAGACGAGCCAGACAUUCGCAGGAGUCUUCCCGAUUUCGUCCAGAUUGCUGUAAAGCCUGCUGAUAACGAAAGAGACAUCAAACAUUUCAUCAAUGGUUGGCGUCAAAGAAUCCAAGCCAAAUUCGAAGAGCUUGAGGAAGCAGACCUCGACUAUAUCUGCACAUCCACCUUGAAUCGUGCCGAAGGAAUGUUCUUGUUUGCAAAGCUCGUCAUGGAAAACCUCCACGAACAGGACACGUUGGAAGAUCUUAGGCCACAAUUUUCGCCCGACAACUUCCCAGAGGGGUUUGACCAAGCAUACGCGCGUAUCUUGGACCGAAUCAGCAAGGACAUUAAUCCCGGGAGAUUGGCGACUGCACGGAAGAUCUUGGGAUUGAUGAUUUGCGCCAAGAGGCCUUUGAAGUGGCACGAAAUUCAGUGUGCGCUGUCUACGAAUGCUGCGGACGGGACCGUUGAUUUUGCGCAGCGGCGGUCUCGCACGCACAUCCGAGAGAUUUGUGGAUCCUUGAUCAACGACAUCUCAGGAGACAGACUGGAGCUGGUGCAUAGCACCGCUAGAGCUUAUCUCGUCCGUGCGGCUUUCCUGGAUGCGCGGAGCACAGAGUAUUAUCUUGCCUCUCUGUGCUUGAGCUAUCUCACAUUCGAAUGCUUUGAUGAGGACCUUGACCAGGACAAACGCAAGAACCUUCUGUUACAAGGUUAUUUCGGGUUUCAAGAUUAUGCCGUGACGCAUUGGCCAGACCAUAUGACUCGGGUCAUCACAAUUGGACCGUUGGAGUCUCAACAGGUGUUGGACGACACAGCGCAAUUGGAGUCGUCAGUGGUGAAUUUCGUCGCACAUUACCACCUGGAACAGCAGGAACGGGCUACUGUUGUUGGAGACGCCCAGAAGUGUUCGCAAUGGGCAGAUUCAUCGGCCUUUGACGACAUAUGCCACAUUUGGCACCACAUAGAACUUCAAAGAUCUCGAGGUCUUACCGGCCUGGACGAGAUCAAUCCUAAGCCACUCGAACGCGCCGUCAUGUCGAGCCGAUCCAUCUUGGAGGCUUACACCAGAUUGGUUAACAUUGACGUGACUCUCGUGCAAGAUCUUUUCAUGAAGUAUGGUUCCAACUGGUUCAAAUGUCCAAAAGCGACAUGCUACUAUUUCCAUCACGGGUUCGGGGACCUCAAGUCAAGAGAUUAUCACAUCUCUCGCCAUGAGCAGCCUUUCCGGUGCAAAUUCCCUGACUGUGAAACGGACUACAAGUUGGGCUUCCGUACACAGAAGGAGCUUGACAAACACGUGAGCAUCUAUCACCCCGAGAACGGGAGCAUUGUGGCCACAUUCACACGGCUAAAGCGAGGCCACGAGAAGAGCGAGAAGUCCGACAGGCAGUCUCCUAGCAGGGCCAAAAAUCCGGCCACAUUCGCAUGCGGAAAGUGUCCAAAGCGGUUCACCCGACAAGCGACUUUGAAUGCUCAUAUGUUGACGCAUGCAAACAUGAAGCCUCAUAAGUGCUCCAAGUGUGAGCAAUCAUUCACGCGGCAUAGUGACAGGGAGAGACAUGAAAGAAUACAUUCUGGGGAAAGGAAGUUUGUCUGCCGUGGUGAACUGAAGCACGGUGUUCCAGGAUCGAAUAUCUGGGGCUGCGGUAAGGCUUUCCCCAGAGCCGAUGCCCUUGAAAGUCAUUUCCGUAGCGAAGCGGCACGCACAUGUCUGCAGCCUCUUCGUGAUGAGGAAGAACGCGAAAGACAAUUGCAGUUCCAGAUCGAGCAAAGGAAGGCACUGGGUCUGCAGCUUCCGCUACCCCGACAGCUUGUUGAUUUGUACCCAGAGCUGCGUGGAAGUGAAACUCCCUCUGGGACGCCGCCCGUGUCCGUUGAAGGACCGGACGAAUCGACUCCGGACAUUCCCAAAGAGAGUCUCUGGAAGCCUUUCGCGUCUAGUCCAAUAUCAAGACCAGCUGUUCCCGUGGACGGGACGACACUCUCAGAUAGUCCAGGCGAGGAACUGUUAUGGUCUGACCUUUCGAACGUGAAGCAUGCUAGACCUCAGUCCGAUCAACUCUAGUCAUUAGUGAUAGAAAGGUUUAUACUAUACUCGGUAUCGUCACAUAUGGAAGACUACAAGCUCAACCACGUGAUCAGCACAAAAGUUCCAUCUCUACUGUGUACACCCACUCCAUUGACGCUAGAGAUUUUCUCUCAAGGCAAUGCAAGUGGUGAUUUUGGCUUGUCAGUUGUCAGACUUGACAGACAAAACCCUGUUAUUCUGUCGACAGACAAAUCGUCUUUUUUUGUCAAAAUUGACAAAUUUAGG